AUGCAGGUCAGCGGGUGGGCCAGGCAGCCGCGCUCGCAAGCUCUGCUGCCAGCUGGCCAAGGCAGCCGCUGGCUGGGCAGGCAGGAUGUGUUGCAGCCCUGUCCUCCUUUCCCUUGUCAGCAGCGCAAUGCAGGGCGGCGCUGGAGCUGCCGCGCCGCGGAUGGGCCGGACAAGCUGUGCCGCGACCAGGUGAACGUGCCGACGGCCGUGGCGCCGGAGGAGAGCGUGGCGGAGCGGGUGCAGGUGACGCUGCUGGGGGCCAAGGGCAGCGCGCAGGUGAUUGAGGUGCCGCUGGACUGCUACAUCCUGGACAGCGCCAUCGACAACAACAUCGAUUUGCCCUGGUCCUGCAGGGGGGGCAUCUGCGGGACAUGCGUGGGCAAGGUGGUGAAGGGCAGUGUGGACCAGAGUGAUAUUUCGGACUUAGAGUUCGUCCUAGAUGAGGAGUACAUCCAAGCUGGGAUGGCGCUCUUGUGUAUGGCGCGACCAAAAGAAGAUUGUACCAUAGAAACUCAAAGUGACUGGGGCUAUUUGAUGGGUUUUCAAGACUGGAAAGGGGCAAGUGGCAAUAUUGGAGAAACGGUUGCGGCUGAUUGGAAAAGCAUAUCAGAUGUGUAG